CGGAACAUGUGUGACAGGAAGAGUGCUGUAUCAAGCUUCUGAAAGUCUGCUGGUUCCUUUGAAAAUGUCCUCUCUCUGAGGCAUAUUGCAGGCUAUAUAUUAAUAUAGCUGUGGUCAGCCUUCGUAUCGACGAGAAACCAGUUGUUUGAGUAGCAGUUCUUAGAGUUCUUGUCGUUUCAGUCUGACAUUAUAGUGAUAGCGAGAACAAGCACGCACCGGUGUAAUGAGACUGUGGUUCACCUUGUUGUUUGUUUUGAAUGGAGGUUUUUAUAUUUCGUCGGCAUGACCAUCUUUAUACUGUAGCUUGCAGAUUAAAUGAAGCGAGUCAGUCUCACUUGUUACGGUAGACUAUUGUAAUUUGUAAUCUCUGUGGAUGUAACACUGUAGCGUUAUGGCACCAUGUGGAAACUGACGACCUCUAUGCUGCAGUAGCUAUAAAGGACGAAUGGGUCGACAGAUUAGCCACUGUCAAACCAGACAUGAUGCUACAAAGCCCCACCCGCUAUCUGAUCUUUUUUCAGUACAUUGGGACAAAGUACAGAGGCGUAAUGAAAAUCCCACUUCACCAACCUGUCCUGGGCGUUCAGAACUACCUGGAGGAUGCGGUGCGCAGACUGAAGCCCGUUAACGAGGCAACGGUGUUUAUCUCCAGCCGCACGGACACCGGCGUCCACGCCCUCUGUAACUCCGCCCACGUGGACAUCCAGCGGAGAGAGGGGAAGGACCCCUUUAAGGAGGAGGAGCUUGUACACGCCCUCAACCACCACCUUAGGCCUGAGGAGAUCAGGGUGACCAGGGCCAGGCGAGUGGGGAGUCAUUUCAGCGCGCGCUACAGGGCCGUCUGCCGUACCUACGUCUACCGGCUGGCCACGGGCGUCUGUCACCACACACACGCCCCCCUGACUGAGAGCAAGCUCUGCUGGCACCUGCGCAACACUGAGCUGGACGUGGGUGCGAUGCGUGAGGCGGGCACCCUCCUGCUGGGCACUCGUGACUUCAGCACGUUCCGCUCGCUCAGCUCAGACGCCCCGCUCAAGAGCCCAGUGAAGACCCUUCAGACGGCACAGAUACAGCCUGGUGUGUCUUUCGCCUCGCAACACUUCAGCGGAAAUUUUCAGCACUGGGACCUCACCUUCAAAAGCAGGUCUUUUCUGUACAGACAGGUGAGGAGGAUGGCUGGGGCGCUGGUGGCCGUGGGUCAGGGAAAGCUCCGCCUCUCUGACAUUCAGGACCUGUUGGAGGCACGUGAUUCGCUGGCGUUCCCCACCAACCUCAUGGCCCCGCCCCAUGGGCUCUUCCUCACACAAGUGGAGUACCAGGAGUCAGAUCUGACAGAGGGAUGGCCCCUGGCCAGUGGAGGGGACUAACUGCCAACAUGCAUGGGACAUGUAGUUUUCCCUCAACAUCUGUAAAAACAUUCUUCUCUGCAUUAAAUGUUGACAUUUUUACCAAA